CAUCUGGCCUGACUCCAGGGUCUCAUCUGGCCUGACUCUGGAGUCUCAUCUGGCCUGAAUCGGGGUCUCGCCUUGCCUGUCUUAUCUUGGAUUCUGACUUUGCCUCUCCUCAUCUCCAGAUAUUGCCUUAUUUCCUCGUCUUGCCUCGCCUCAACCCAGGAUUUUGCAGGUGGUCUUGACUCAAGGUUUGGCCUCGCCUUGUCUCACCUAGAAGAAAAGAUAAUCUUUCCUUCUCUUCGGGUCUCACUCCAAGAUCUCGAUCUCUUUGUCUUGACAUCUCAACCUAUCUGUCGCCCCUGCCUUACUUCUCAUCUCUGCCUUACCUCAAAAUCUGGCCAUGCCCUUGCCCAGUUUGUCCUCUGCCAGGCCAGCAGAGGAGAGCAGCCCAGAGGUCCAAGAGGGCAGUCUGGGUGCUGCCAAAGCAGAGGGAGCAGAGAAGGCCUUGUGGCCUGCACGCCAGAACUUGCCCUCUGCAAUCACCACAGCACCUCCAGCUGCCAAGGAUGACCAGUCCACCAUUGGGGAGGUGGGGACUCAGAAAUGCCUGGCAUCCAAGCCUCCUAAGAGUGGAAAGAAGAAGGCAGCGGUGGAAUCUGACCAGAAGAACCUCGUUCCUCUCUCGGAGCUGACUCCGUACAUCUCCUGUUCUGUUUGCAAAGGCUAUUUAAUAGAUGCAACAACCAUUACAGAAUGUCUUCAUGCCUUCUGUAAAAGUUGCAUCAUAAAACAUUUUGAACUUAGCAACAGAUGUCCAAAAUGCAACAUUGUAGUGCACGAGGCCAAACCUCAUAAUCACCUGAGGUCGGAUCCACAAUUACAAACCAUAGUGUACAAAUUAGUGGCAGGUCUAGAGGAAAAAGAAAAAAAGCAAAGGCAAGAAUUCUAUAAAGGAAAUUAUUUGGAAACACCAAAACCUGAUGCUGUUCCACAGCCAGGCCCUUCAAGCGAAGGGAACAACUAAGGAGUUAUAGAAUAGUGCCUUAGUUCACAUGAACCUGAUAUUUCUUUAGUACUGGGUUCUAUGGGCACUAAUGCAGACACUGAGCAUUUUAAACCACUGAAAAUGAAGUUUGUGCAAAUCUCAAGAAAUACAACCAUUGGACAGAUAGAAAAAUUUCUCAAAAGAAAAAUGGGCCUUGUUGAAGCUUAUCGGGUAGAUAUCACAUGUGGUGGUCAGUUGCUGAAGGACUUUCAAACUCUACAAGAAGUCCAGUGUACAGUAGGGGAUGCUGGGAUGCAGGGUGGUCUGUUAGUCCUUUAUUACAGUAUUGUGCUUUCUCCUCUGAACAUGACUUGUUAUGAAGGGACAGAAAAUAAGGCCUCUGCAGAACUGCAUCUUACUGAAGAGUUCUAGAAAACAUGGAAUCAUUAGACUUUGAACUGUUUCUAACACACCUGUAUCCUGCACCUGGCAUCCUAGCAUUUAUAGGUACAGCUUAGGACAAUGGAAUGCAUCCAUUUCACUACAAACCGUAGAAAGCACUCACAGCUUGAGAAAAAUAUCGAAUGUCAAAUUUUUAAGUUCUUUAUGGUUUGGAAUACUUCAAAGUUGUUUUUUUGCUAACUGUCCUUAAGAAAAGUUGUUUAUAGUUUCCUCCACUGUUGAACUGGCUGUGAGUUGAACAAUCCAUGCUACAUUUUUCUCUCAUCACAGGCCCAAAUCAGGGACAAACCAGCCAUGGGUUUAAACUUUUAAAACAGCCAAAAUGUACGUUCUUAAGUUAAUUAUUUCACUUGUUUGUUGCGCUAUUAGAAGGCUAAGUAACUUCUCAUUCAGAUUGGUUGUUGAAAUUUUCCUCUGUGGGACGGCAUCAGGUGGUUUUCCUUUUGGAAAAUGAAGUUUGCCUUCGACAUGGAUAUUCAAAGCCAGUCUUUGUUAAAUUGCACAGUAAACUUGCUGUCAAAGGCCAAAAUUAUUGGCUAUAUUUUUAUGUUCUCGUUAUAUUUUGAACUUAGCAUUUUUACAACUAGCAACCCUCCUGAAGAGAUGCUAUU